AGAUGAUGAUGAAGGUGAUGAUACUGGAGUAGUACUCCGUACCCAUAGUGGUGAUGGUCAACAGUGACGCCGCUUCGUUUCAGCUGUGAAGAUCGUGGCGAAUUUAUGAUGGGUCAUAGAGAGGGCUGCUUUUACAAAUGUUCUGGUUGCUCGUGUUUCAUGCUCUAUAAAUCCCAGCCAAUUUCCUGGUCGCAAUUCGCGACAACCUGUUCUUCUCCAGCUCAUGUCUUUGCCAGAAUGGGUGGAUGAAAGACGACUCGCUCUUUUGUUCGCUUUGGCUCUCCUCCCCUCUCACACCUGUACAACGGUUAUAGGACCACCCAAGACACAGAAUGCCAGACGGACAGGAUACAGAUCACAUCUUGGGUUGCACCACGGAGGCAAUAACCCGUUUGUCGCUUCAUGGUGGGUAUGAACCGCCGACCACAUCCCUGGCGCGGAAAAUUCCUAUCCUACGGAGCUCGAGGCUUUCUUGCGGUUCAGGUUGAGUGUGGCAAGACCGGGAAACCCGAGAGGAGAGCGAUUGAUGUCGAACGAUUCGAGAAAACAUCUCUGGAGGUGGAUAAGUGGUACUUAUCUAGACUUCAAUCCCAAGGGGAGGUUCAGAUCAUCGCGCAAAGCUCGGUCACCUUGCAUGGAUCUCACUCUGCUGGGAUUCACACACUUACUCGCUCAUACAUACACGUAAGAAGGGGAAAGCCCACUUCUACCGAUCCCAACCGACGUGGAAGAGAGCAAUGGACACCCAAAGCGAGGACGAUCAAAGCUCACUCAGCAGAAUAUAAGUGUAAGGGCGAAAGUGGUGCUCUUAUUGUUUCGAUGUUGUUGUUGGGUGACAAUUCUUUCUUUUCUUUUUCCCUGUCUCGAAUUUUAUUUUCUGUCUCAGAAAAUCGAUUCUGUGCCAGCUCAUCCAUUGUAAUCUGCGUACCUUACUUAAGUUUGGCUGGGACGACGACGAGAAGGAGGAGGAAGAACAAGAAGGUGGUAGUUAGUGGUGGCUAUCUUAUGAGUACUGACUUAACAGCUAAAUCCAACUAGCCAUCAUCAAGUGUUGAUGUUCUUUGACCAGCCUUCUGCUUUUUUUUUUCUGCUUGCCCACUUUUUCCCCUCCCCUCUUUCUCUUCCUCUGUUAGCUUCGGAGUUAUUCCCGCCAAA